UGUCCAGUAACGGUAAAAGUUGCAAGCUGCAACCCCCCCACGGCGGUAGCUUAUUGGAUUACCCCUGAAACCUUGCCCCUCAUACUAUAGUACAUGUACCUAAUGGAAGUAGGUAGGAGGUAGGUAGUCUCCAAUUGACUUUGCUUAUUCGUUUCUCCACACAAAAACCUACAACCGUCUCUAGCCCACACCUCCUUUUUCAUCCUCUUUCCAUUUACUACCUACCAGCGCUGUGCGCAUUUGGCCUACCUACUUUCUUCCUUCAGUUUCAGACUACAGUCUCAGUCGCGGUAUUCGAAUCAUCCGAUUAUAAUACUACGAUCUCAUCAUGAAGGGCGAAAUCCUACACCUUCACUUGGGCCAGGCUGGUACCCAGCUCGGUAACAGCGCCUGGGAGCUGUAUCUCUUGGAGCAUGGUCUCGGACCUGAUGGUCGACCCGACCCUAACGCCUCCAAGGAUGUUAUGGAAGGCGGUUCCUACGAGACAUUCUUUACCGAGACAAACAGUGGGAAAUACGUCCCCCGUUCCAUCUUCGUCGACUUGGACCCCUCGCCCAUUGACGAGAUCCGUACCGGCAGCUACCGCCAGCUCUUCCACCCCGAGCUUCUGAUCAGCGGAAAGGAAGAUGCUGCCAACAACUACGCUCGAGGCCACUACACUAUCGGCAAGGAGAUGAUAGAUAACUGCCUUGACCGAAUUCGCCGUGUCACAGACAACUGCAACUCGCUUCAAGGUUUCUUAAUCUUCCACUCUUUCGGUGGUGGUACCGGUUCCGGUUUUGGUGCUCUCCUCCUCGAGCGCCUUUCUACCGAGUACGGCAAGAAGUGCAAGCUCGAGUUUGCCGUCUACCCGGCCCCUCGCGUGUCUACCGCCGUUGUCGAGCCUUACAACGCUGUCCUAUCUACCCACAGCACCAUCGAGAACUCUGACUGCACAUUCCUCGUUGACAACGAAGCUGUCUACGAUAUUUGCAGACGUAACCUCGACAUUCCUCGUCCUAACUCGGAGCACUUGAACCGCCUAAUUGCUCAAGUUGUCAGCUCCAUCACUUCGUCCCUGCGAUUCGAUGGUGCUCUCAACGUGGAUCUGAACGAGUUCCAGACCAACCUGGUCCCAUACCCGCGUAUCCACUACCCUCUGAUCAGCUACGCGCCUGUUAUCUCGGCUGCCAAGAGUGCCCACGAGAGCUUCAAGGUCCACGAUCUUACCUUCCAAUGUUUCGAGCCCAACAACCAGAUGGUUGUUUGCGACCCCCGAAACGGCAAGUACAUGGCUGUUGCCCUCCUCUACCGUGGUGAUGUUGUUCCUCGUGACUGCAACGCUGCCAUCGCAGCCCUGAAGGCGAAGGCUUCUUUCAACCUUGUUGAAUGGUGCCCGACUGGUUUCAAGUUGGGUAUCAACUACCAGAAGCCCGUGGCCGUCCCUACCGCCUCGCCCUCCGACGGUGGUCUCGCGUCUGUCGACCGUUCCGUUUCCAUGUUGUCCAACACGACCGCCAUUGCCGAGGCUUGGUCCCGCCUCGACUAUAAGUUCGAUCUCAUGUACAGCAAGCGGGCCUUCGUACACUGGUACGUGGGUGAGGGUAUGGAGGAAGGCGAGUUCUCCGAGGCUCGUGAGGAUCUUGCGGCUCUGGAGAAGGACUACGAGGAGGUUGCGGCUGACAGCUUCGAGGCGGAUGAGCCCGAAGCCGAGUACUAAGAUUUUCUCUCUGCAUUGAGCGUAUUAUACCCCCCCUUAGGUUCGCUUUUCCAUCAGCUUUCCUGCUGUCGAACACUCGUGUCCUUAAUCCUGCUUCGACUUUUCGAGUGGAUUGUGCAAAUGGGCUUCUGUUUAUCUUUUCGUUGGAGGCGCGAAUAGAUCCGGGGGAAAUCGAUGUUAUGCAUGUGUGGAUAUUCCUGGUAACCCCUGUUUCUUGGAAGAGGAGAGAGGGAGAGGGAGAGGGCCUCUCUGCAAAGGUCAAGGAUAUCCAGUAGGUAGUGGACGGACUCAAAGAGUAACCCCGUUUUUUUCUUCUUAUAUUUCACUCCCUCUCCCACUACCAGUUGCCUAAGCCCAAAACCUUCACGUACAAAUUUACCGCUGCACAAAUUGCUCUACGUCGAGUAGGUUGAUGAAUGAGAUUCCAUGAUUCCCACCUGUGAUGGUGACACGUAUUACGCUGCUGUGAAUCGCGAGUAG